UGAAAGUGGAAACUUAACUGUUAGGGCGAAACUGUGCGUGUGUGUAUAGCAACGUGUUGUGAGUGUGGCAGAAAAAAAACGCGCCUUUUGUGUUGUGAUGUUUGCGAGGCUUCAUGGCCACGACCGGAAUGGAGACCACCGACUCCUGGGACGGCAGCCGGACGGUGGUCGUGUCCGGCGUGCCCGACCUGUUACCCGCGAGCAGGAUGGUUGACAAGCUGACUAUCCACUUCCAAAGCCGCCGGAGGAGCCACGGAGGAGACGUGGAGGGGGUCAGGUACCCGACCAACGCGAGGGGAGUCGCCUAUGUCACUUUUGACAAAGCUGAAGAUGCAGAGAGGGUGGUGCGAAAGGAGCAACAGAUCAUGACGGACAACAAGUUUCCUGAAGACUACCUUAUCACGGUGUUCCCCUUCACCAGAGACGUGUUUCUGUAUGUCGCCAGCGCUAAGGUGGAUCUCUCCGUAUUUGGCAGCAAUCAAGCGUCACUAAUCGAGAGUUUGCGGUCGAUUCACAGGUCGGUACGUUUCCAGCCUUUGCCCGGCCAGAGGAAAGCCGUCAUCGAGGGGCCUUUCGCUGCCGUCAAGGCCCUGAGAGAGGACCUCAUCCUCAGGGCCAGCCAGCCUAAAUCCACAGUCUCAGCCACAACUGCUGCUGUCGGGCUAAGAGAAUCUCUCCCUAAUCCGAGGGUAAUAUCUCAUCCAGAGUCUGUCAGAGCUGAAAGCUGCAGCGGUUCUAAAGCUAAGCGAGAACCGGCGGCCUCAAACAGCUUAUCAACGCCGCUGCAGAGCACAGGUGAGGCAACUCAAGUCCAAAGCCUGCUCUCAAAUGCAAAAACUCUAAACGCUUCCUCAAGGCAAAAAGUUUUCUCGACUGUAGAGAGCUUUAGUGACACAGACAGCGGUGAAGAGGAGAAGCUGGGAGCUGGGUCCAGGCUCAGAAUGCCCACAGAAUAUAUAACCAAGCAAGCAAAGGCCAACUCCAGACACGUGUUCGAUCAGGUGAUCAGUGCAGGGAUUAGAUCUCCCUUAUCAGGCGUGGACCUGGUCCCUGCAGAGAAAAUAUCAGCGAAACACCCAGGACUCGAUGAUAGUUCACAGAUUUCAGCAGCCAGGACCAAAGGAGGGAAUCCUUUAGGCUCUCUCCAUAAAAGCACAGACUAUCUGAAGGAAUCAGAUCAGAGCAGCUCAGCAGUCGCCAUUAAGCUCCUCCAGACCAGACUUAAAGAUGACUCAGCAUCCUCCGAGAGCAGCGCUAAGGACGCGGAGGAAUUGUCUGCAGCCUGUUCUGAGGAUCCAGAGGAAACCUGCAUGUGGGUCGACUCAUACACUUUCAGAUACAUUGUAAAAUUUGACAGGAAGGAGUUUGACAGGUGCUUGAAAGGUCUCGAGGUGUCUGUCGAGUGCGUUGACAGCAAGGACCUCACGCAGAUACUGUUGACUGCGAAGCAGACCUCCAAGACGGCGUCAGGGAUCCAGCAGGCCCUGACAAACCUCAAAAUGUUGGUGAACCGCUGGAUGUCGAUGUUGAGAGUUCAUCAGAUCUCCUGUGACGAGGCGGAGAAACAGAAACUCACUCAGAUCUGCAGCGAUGCAAAUUUCGUGUUCAGCGACGUCCUUUACACGUUCGAGGAUUCCCGCGUAACAGUCGUCGGCCCUUUUUUAUCUUGCCUCCUGUUCUGUGAGAGAGUGAAGGACGAACUAAACUCAAAGACACUCCCGUGAAUCUCAUAGUUGAAUCCAAAGUAAAUGAAUGUACUUUGAUCAGUGAGCACAGGGUGGUGCAAUUGUGUAGCACAUCGCCUUCAUAAAAGCAGCUCGGAGCACAGUGUGUUAAUAACAAGUGUUUAUUUAUCACAGAUGCAAAUAAUUAAAGGUACAGAAAGGAAUUAUACUGUAUCUGUUCCACAUCUGCUUCACAAAACUCAGCACAGACAUGUUCAGUGCUCUUAUUAAAUAAAUAAAAAAAACUCUCCUCCAAUGCUUUAGCUCUGUGUCUGUGUUCCUGUGGUGAAGCGUUCCUUUUGUUCAUGCAUGGAUUAAUAAUUAGGCCUUUAAACACCAGGUCUCAAUCCAAGCAAUGUUCUCACAGCAGUAGGGAUGAGUCUUAAUUAACCCUCCUCAAAUGUUAAUGACAAAAGAUAAGCUUCUAAUUAAAAACAAAAAAAAAGACAGAUGCCAACCUAACAUCUUUAUGGAAAUUGUCUAUUUCAUGGCAGAUUUAAAAAAACAUUGUUUUUUUUA